AUGGCUAUCACCUUGGUCACCACCGUAGCCACCAUAACCACCAUCUCGGCCACCUCCAGUACCACCGCGGUCACCAGAUCCUUAACACACAAGUGCUCCGUCAGGCCCAGUGACAUCAACAACCUUGGUAAGACUAUCAAUGUUGGACUCAAUCUCGUAUUUGACAGCCUCACCAUCAGUCAGGCUAUGAAAACUUCCAGAUCUGAUUUCGGAUUAAUGAACGAGAUUCCUUCUGAUGGUGAGGCUGUCGAGUACGAGAUUGACUCCGGGACUGAUGGUUGUACCAAGGUUGUUAAUGUUAUUAGGCCUAAUAGAGCACCGGUCUCUAGAGGAUCUGGUGGCCGCAGUGGCGGAGGUGGCCAAGAUGGUGGCUACGGUGGUGGCCGAGGUGGUAUCCGUGGAUACAAUGAUAUAGACAGUGGCUAUGGAGGUGGAGGCGGCGGUUAUGAUGGCGGAAGAGGUGGUGGAGGAAGAAGUGAGUGUUUUUAG